AUGUACUCCCUAGCUUACAAGAUGUACUUCACUAGACACAUGAUGUACUCCCUAGCUUACAAGAUGUACUUCACUAGAUACAUGAUGUACUCCCUAGCUUACAAGACGUACUCCCAAAGAUACAUGUACACCCUAGCUUACACGACGUACUCCACUAGAUACAUGAUAUACUCCCUAGCUUACAAAAUGUACUCCCAUAGAUACACGAUGUACUCCCUAGCUUACAAGAUGUACUUCACUAGAUACAUGAUGUACUCCCUAGCUUACAAGACGUACUCCCAAAGAUACAUGUACUCCCUAGCUUACAAGACGUACUCCCAUAGAUACAUGAUAUACUCCCUAGCUUACAAGACGUACUCCCUUAGAUACAUGAUGUACUCCCUAGCUUACAAGAUGUACUUCACUAGAUACAUGAUUUACUCCCUAGCUUACAAGACGUACUCCCAAAGAUACAUGUACUCCCUAGCUUACAAGACAUACUGCACUAGAUACAUGAUGUACUCCCUAGCUUACAAGAUGUACUCCCAUAGAUACAUGAUGUACUCCCUAGCUUACAAGACGUACUCCCAUAGAUACAUGAUGUACUCCCUAGCUUACAAGACGUACUCCCAUAGAUACAUGAUGCACUCCCUUGCUUACAAGACGUACUCCCAUAGAUACAUGAUGUACUCCCUACCUUAA